AUGAACGGCCUGCCGGGAGCCGCGGGGGAAUACGCGCUCCUGAACUGCCCCCACCCCCACUCGGGCCACGCGUCCCAUCCGGGCCCGUCCCGUCCUCCCCUCGGUCCCGCGUGGGACCUGGCCGAGGCACACCCCACGGACGAGAGCGGGAACUCGGGCGCUGGGCCCGCGCACUCUCCACGCCGGCGUCUCGGCUUUGAAGUGCGAGCGGCAGUUCUGGCAGUUUCUUCUUUCCUUUCAUUCCGGUUACUUUGCUCCCCUCAGUCACUCACAGGCCCGUCUCGAGAGCCUCAGACCCCCAAAGUCUCAGCUCGGCAACCCCUUCCUUCUAAGCUCCGCCCCGGCCGGCCCGCAGCCCGGCGCCGAGCCGGUGACCAGGGCCGGGGGACCACGAGGAAGCCCGAGAAGUCCCGGGUCCAAGUGAGACAGGAGCCCGACAACAAUGAGCAGUGA